AUGGACAUGAGUUACCAAGCCAAGCGCCGUUGUCUUGACGGCGUGAGAGCACUGAAUGCGACAGAUGACCUCCCAGAGCCUAAGAAGCAUUUCCUUGAGCUUUUUGAACCGGAUUCAGCUCCACUGAGUGCGGAAUGCAAAAGGGAGGCCCUUUUCAACGCUGUUUUGCUCAACGAGGGUUAUCACAGAUUUUUUGACAGACAAGGGAAUUUACGACGUCCGGCAUUUGUGGAGCAGAAGAAUUGCCCCAAACAAGUUGCGCAUUCCACACCUGCGUUUGGGGAGCAAGAUGAUUGCUGGAAGCCAAUUGCGCAUUUCACAACUCAAGAUCAAACAAUUGCUUUUGAAUAUGACAAUUCGGAUGUCGAGGACGACAACACAGCCAUCGAGGACGACUACACAACCAUCAAGAACGACUACACAGCCAUCAAGAACUACUACACAGCCAUCGAUGACGACUACACAACCAUCGGGGACGGCUAUACAGCCAUCAAGAACAGCUAUACAGCUAUCCAGAACAGAUUGUAUACAGAUAUCCAGAACAACUACACAGCCAUCGAGGACGACUACACAGCUAUAGAGGACGACGACGAAGCUACCGAGGACGACGACGAAGCUACCGAGGACGACGACGAAGCUACCGAGGACGACGACGAAGCUACCGAGGACGAGAAAACCAGGAAAAAGAGGCUGAGGCUCGUUUUCUGCUUCCGAAGAUACUUUCAUGAGCGCUUGUCCACAUUGAAACAGCAACCGUCCAACCGAGCCAGGCCUUACUCAAGGAAGAGCGAACUUGCACGACUACGCCUGCCACCCGAACCACGAAGUGCUUGGAAAGCUGGGAUACGUGUCAUUCGUCGCUUACAACGAGGCAAGCUUCCACAAACUGUGGAGCAAGUCGUCCUAUGCGUCAUGACUGCAGAUGCGAUGAGAUCUAGCACUGGUGCAGUCAGCUGCAUUCGCAAUCAAGACGAGUUUUGGCGUGACUUGCAUCGCUGGAAGGAUGUCGUGCCUGUCAACGACAGGAAGUUAUUCGAGCAGGUCGUUUAUCGUCUUUGGAAACAAGAACUGGACAACUCGAGGAAGGCUUACCAGUCCGACAAUCUGUUCCACUUCCAGGAAGUUUUCCAGAACUUGUUAUCCGAUUUAAAUAUAGAGGAGCUGCCCCUUAACGCGUGUAACGGAAAACACCUCCCAUUCAGUCAAUCAGACAAUGCGAAUAGAUCUAGUGCUUUCCGGCAAUCUCAGUCUGAUGCUGGUUCCGACACGAACGAGAGUUCGUCCACUCAUCGUUCGGAAAACUAUACCGGUAAUUGGACCGCACAUGACGACCGAGUGAUACUACUGGCUGCAACAAUUAUUUUCUGUGUAGUGAUAGCUGUCAUAAUGUAUAUCUUUCAAUCACAAGCGUACAUCAAGUUCACAACCCUCCUGCAAAAGAUACCCAGUCAUGGCACCGACCUCUCGACUUCUCACAGACGGAAUUGCAUUCUCAUAGCCUGUUACAUCGGAUUAUCCACACGCACUAUCGAAAGCAUUCCUUUCAGCGAUGGCUUCAACCCGAAAGCCCCUCGUCCAUGCUGCGUAUGCGGCCAGAGACUCUCAAGCCGAGAAAUUGGAAUACCAGUAGCUCGACUAGAAAGUCGGCCUCCUGCGGCACCAGGACAUGACCCUGAUGCCGUACAGCCGGGCAUCAAUCAGCCUGUGGACUGGGACAUCCACAGCGCGGCUGAAGACUCGCUUGUAUCCGACCAGCCCCUAUUGAUACCCACUGAGAUUGAUCUCCACACAGUUGCACUAGACUUAGAGGGUUUCGUCGCGCCUGCACAAAGCCUUCCUACAGGUCAUGGUCUCAAUUUCGACAACACCUUACACAACCACCCAAUAGAUCUGCUCGGUCAACAACCGCUCGGCUUCUCGAGUGCUUUCUCUUCGUCUCAGUAUUCGUUCGUUCCCACUCGGGCCAAUACGUUCGACACCUUCCCAGCUACUGCAAUGGGAGCACACCAGCCAUCAUGGGCACCCUCAACAAACGAGACCUACAACUCCAUGACAAUGUCGUCAGAGCUAUACGAUCCAGUACCCCUCACAUACGACCCAUUCAGCCUUGCGCCACCGCUCCCAGCAAGCCAAGUCUCCUUUCCCAACCAACUUGGCUUGCCUUUUCCAGGGCUUUCGGAUCCGUCCGCCGCAGGAUUUCAACCUAUUGCUGGCUUUCAAACCACUCCCAGUUUUCAACCCACAGCUGACUUACAACCAAGCAACCACUUGCUGAACCCCUGGAACUCGCAGUCGUUCCCCACUGCGCAUGCUGCCUACGACUUUCUCAGCUUCGAUCCUAACUUCAACAGCACAUCUAACCCUUUCGGUGCUGCAUCGACGAACGCCUGGAAUCUAGAGCAGCAGAUCAACGGCUACUCGGGACUCGGACUCGGACUCGGACAGGAGGCACAGGGGUUCGACUCGGUCUUUGCGAACCCUGACCGGAUACUGAAGCGCAAAGAGCCGUGCUCGAUCGAGGAAAGCGGCAGUCUAGUUGACAAGCGCGCGAGGACUGGGGAUGUUGAUGCGUUUGAUUGGGAUAGCGUAGGGCUGGCAUGA